AGCCACAAUCAUCUUGAACAUCCUGCGAAUAACCUAGUCGUAGCGGGAAGACGUUCAAGUCCUGUACCAGAGCCGAGAAGUUCCAGAAGUUUAGGAGGAAUGUCACGCCGUGCUGCGAACGCCGUGGACGACAAUCCACUUGGAUGGCAGGGUGCCAAGACUACACUGAAGGAAAGAAUAAGCUACAUGUAUUGUAAAGACGUUCUCGCCGAUGUAUACUUCACGGUUGGAAAAGACGACAUGAGACAGCGAAUACCUGCUCAUAAGUUUGUUCUAUCAAUCGGCUCUGUUGUCUUUGAUGCAAUGUUCAAUGGUGGUCUCACUCCACAAAACUCCAGAGACCCAUUGGAGAUUGAACUGCCCGAUGUUGAAGUUCCUGCGUUCCGUGCCCUCUUACGAUUUCUGUAUUCUGAUGAAGUUGAAAUAGGACCAGAAAGUGUUAUGACUACAUUAUAUACAGCAAAGAAAUACGCUGUGCCCGCGAUGGAGACUGCAUGUGUUGAAUUUUUGAAGCAAAGUCUUGGAGCUGAUAAUGCAUUCAUGCUGCUAACACAGGCUCGACUAUUUGACGAACCGCAACUCGCGAAGUUAUGCUUGGAAAUCAUUGAUAAAAACACGGCGGAAGCGUUGAAUGGCGAAGUCACUGACAUUGACCUGGAAGCGCGUAUGUCUGCUUCUCGCCGAGAGAUAGCUCGUGGGAGGCCGUCAAGGAAGCUCGAGCUCAUUCCAGAGCUGCUGGAUUCGCUGAGCAAGCGGUGGCAGAGGAUGUGCUCGUCGUGGACUGCGGAAGGCCAACCACAGAAAGAUGCGACAAAGCCUGUGCUGGGACGUGCUGUGCAAUUGAUCCGCUUUCCCUUAAUGACAGUAGAAGAAUUUGCACAAUCAGCAGCUCAGUCCGGACUACUAACCGAUCGUGAGGUUGUUAACUUGUUCCUUUACUUCACCGUGAAUCCAAAACCAUCAAUAGGAUUUAACGACAACCCACGAUGUUCGGGCGCUGGUAAGGAAUUGGUGGUCAGUCGUUUCCAACGCAUUGAAGGUCGAUGGGGUUACAGCGGCACACCAGACAGAAUCAAGUUCACUGUCGACAGAAAAAUCUUCGUUGUUGGUUUCGGCCUAUACGGUGCCAUACAUGGCCCUCAUGAAUACCAGUGCGUGAUUCAGAUUAUUCACUGCGGUACUGGAAAAGUGCUGGCACAAAACGAUACGUCAUUUGUGUGUGAUGGUUCUUCAUCGACCUGCCGAGUAUCGUUCCGAGUCCCUGUUGAAAUAACACCUGGAGGCAUGGACUCGCACUAUGGUACCAAGGGUCUGCGACGCAUAGUACAUCAGUCAGCUGCUGGAGGUGUCGUCACCUUCCAGUUCACAUAUGCAGCUGGCAAUAAUAACGGAACAAGUGUUGAAGAUGGACAAAUACCAGAAAUCAUCUUCUACACCAGUAGCAGUUGA